UCGAGUAAAAAAAUCAAAUUCCUUGAAGCAAUGCUUAGUUCGUUCGUCGGCCUCUUCUGUCGUCGAACAGAGCAAAAAUCACACCGAUAAGAUUAGACAAUCGCCAAAAAUCGCACCCGAUUUUAUCGUAGAUUUAAGAAUCGCUCGCAGUCAGUUAUCUUUCCACAGUCUAGCGUCGAUAUCCAUACGGUGGCAAACACAAUGGCGGACCCAACGCAACCCAAACCCAUCUCUGCGAUGGUUACCUCUGAGGUGCAUCCUCCGGAGUGGGAAUCUCCAGAUGCUACUAGCGGAUCGUUUACGCUGAACCACGAAGCCACCAAUACCGAGGAUGGUGCCAUUUCCGGUCAUGGAUCGUUUGUGGUAAAAGAAGAAGAACCAGUUAUUGUGAAUAGAUCGUUUGUGCUGAAAGAAGAUGUUCCAAUCGUGUCCACUGAAGCAGGCGACGGAUCUUUUGUGCUGAGGGAAGAUGUACCGAUUGUGUCAACUAACGGUGGUGAUGGAUCGUUUGUUCUACGGGAAGAUGUUCCGAUCGUUUCGACAGAUGGAGAUGGAUCGUUUGUGCUGACUGAAGCAGUUCCCAUUAUAGACAACGCCCCGAUAGAGUUUCCUGCGUUUAUUGAAGAAGCAAUAGCUAGCAUUGCUCCUCAGGAAGGUUUCACUCCGGGCGAGUUUGGCAUCACGAUCGAGCGGCUCGCCGAAUGCGAAGGAUUGAUUGGUGAGCUCCAUAAAGCCUCCAUUGUGGAAGGAGAGCGGCAGUUGGACGUUCUCUGUAAGAUUCCUCCAUUGGACCCAUUACGGAGGCAGCAAUUCAACUCAAUUGCCCUAUUCGACAGAGAGGUUAAUGUGUAUGCUAACCUGAUACCGGUUAUGCAGGAAUUUCAGCGAGAAAUGGGAAUUACCGAAGAACAGAAUAGUGGGUUUUUCAAUGUUCCUAGAAGUUACCUAACGCACUUUGACCCUGAAAGCCAGGAGGCUUUAAUUUUGUUGGAGGACUUACGUAAUAGAGAUUUCAGUAUGUGGAACAAGUUGGAACCGAUUAAUUAUGAACACGCCAAGUUGUUAUUGAUUCAAUUGGGCCGUUUCCAUGCACUUUCAUUGGUAAUGAAAUCACAGCGUCCAGAUCUGUUUGAGCCGUUCAAGGUGCCAGAUGUAAUGGUUCCAACUAUGGAAGAAAAUGGACAAUUAGUUAGUAUGUUUACUACUGCCUUAGACGCGGCCAUUUCCAUACUGGAUCCUUCCGAGGAAAAAGCAACUUUCAAGAUGGAAGCUCUGCGGAACGAUUUCUUUACUACGUUGCAAAACUGUGUAGAUCCUGAACGAGCGGAACCAUUUGCUGUUCUGAACCACGGCGAUUGCUGGGUCAACAAUCUUAUGUACAGAUAUCAGGACGGAGCUCCGCGCGAGGUCGUUCUUUUGGAUUGGCAGUUGGUUCGCUACGGGUCUCCAGUCCUCGACUUACUGUACUUCUUGUUCUGUUGCACGGAUGAGUCGUUGCGCGAGCGACAUUUCGACGAACUGGUCCGCAUCUACUACACCGCCUUGAAGGACCUUGUGGAGAUUCUGGGCAGCGAUAUAAUGGACGUGUUCCCCUUGACCGCCUUGCUGCGGCAGUUGAAGAGUUUCGGAAAAUUUGCCGUUAUUAUGGCUGCGCUGGACAUUCCGGUUCUGUGCACCGAUCCAGCCAACAUUCAGAAUCACGGUGAUGCCGCCGCUGCGUUUUCCGCUUCGCCUGAGGCUCAACGGCGCUACCGUAAUCGCAUGGGAGGCGUAAUUAGGGACGCCAUUAAGUACGGAUACUUGUAAGAGAAAAAAAAAUCGAUAAUGUAUGACACCAACGAGAGUUUUAAGGAGAUUUGUUUUAUCUCUGCCUCAGUCUAAUCCCAAUGGAAUCAUACCAUGGGCACGAGCUGUAUCCGAAUGUUUCGAAAUGAUUCGCUGUUUUGCUGGUAUAUUAUCGUUAUGUCAGACAGACGUUUUUAUUUAAUUCGCGCCGGUUAUCUGAAGUCUAUGUUAUUUAAGUCCCAAAGCCUGUGCGAAUCAUGUGGAUAAAAAAACAGUUCAUAGUGAAGAGAGAAUGUGUUAAAAAUUUAAAAACAACUGAAAAUAUACUAAAAAAAUACUUUUAUAAGAUAAUUUUGAAUAAUAUCCAAAAGAAUAAACAUGCCGAUUUCUUAAACUAAA